GCUCAAUCACAACAGCAUUCCCCAGUACAGAGCAGGCAGUCUGUGGAUGAGAAGCAUGUACUUUGCAGAGAACAAUCUCUUUUCUCCUCAAACAUGGAAGAAAGACCCUCAGAGACUGCGGAUAAUUCAACAGCAGAUUCCACAACAGCUGACCACUGUAUUCCAGGAUCUCUCUGGACCACAGCAUCUCCAAAUACCAUCGAUCCGAAAUGGGCAUGUAAAAGAAGACCUGAUGGAGCUCAUGAUGAUCCAGAAUGCCCAGAUGUACCAAGUGAUCAUGAAUAACAUCACCAUGGCAGCACUGACAAGCUUCGGUUACAGUACACAGCCCCAGCCUGCUGUGCAGCUGUACCUCCGCCCCCACCACCAAGUGCCACAGGGACAGUUGGGGCUGAUGUACGUCCAGCAUCAGAGUAUUACGAUGUGGCUGACGGCCAACUGUGAGGAGCCCCCGUCUGUUUGGUCCCAAUAUCACGUCUGGCUCCUUGACAGGCUGACAGGCCCACUACCUGAGCUCCUGCAGCUACUGAACUUCUGAUGAUAAAUAGCCACAAUCAAUCAAAUGUGAAAGUGACAGUGAACCAAAGAGGAUAGUCAGUAGCUGCAAACUGCAGGACUGCGUGAAUAUCACAGGUAGGUAUUGAUUCCAAGAAAAUAAACCACUCCUCAAAAACAAUUAGAUUAUGUUUCAUGAUCAGAUCAGAGAUACUGACCAGUAGACCUGCAAGUGUCAUGGCCAUCAGGUAAUGAGUGAUACAUUUGAGAGUCUGCAUUUUCCCUGAGACAGGAUGACAAUUGUCACUAAGUUAGCUACAGGGAGGAAAG